AUGGAUGCCUAUCUCAAAGUCGUUCGCGACUUAUCCCAGAAGUUUGAGUUCUUCGAGCUCGUCAAGAUUCCACGAAGCGACAAUGCUCCAGCUGAUGCGCUCGAAACGCUUGCUUCCACAUCAGACCCCGAUCUCCGCCGAAUAAUACCUAUGGAGAGCAUCGAUCGCCCAAGCAUCAACGUCAAUUCGCUGUCCCUUGCUCCUGUCACAUUCCCUGAAGUCGAGUCCUCAGCACACGUACCGGGAGGUUCGAACAACGUCUUCGCAGUACCCACGGAAGCUCCCACAACAUCACCUGCCCUGGUUUUACCACGACCAGCUCAAACUCCUAAUACUUCCGCCGACGACGAUUGGCAAACUGAAAUUAUCGCCUACAUCACUGAUGGGAUAAACCCAAAGGAUAAGUGGGAAGCUCGACGAUUGUUCGCUAAAUGCGCCAAGUACACGAUGUUGGAUGGCAACUUAUUCCGUCAUGAUGCUAAUGGCGCCCUCCUCGUCUGCAUCAACAAAAAGGAUGUCAACGACAUCAUGCGCAAAGUGCACGAAGGAGCCGAAGGAAACCAUUCGGGCGGACGCGCUUUGGAAUCCAAAUCCGUCGCAAUGGUCAUUUCUGACCAACUAUGA